GUUUUGGUUUUGGAUUGUUAGUUUUGUUUGUUUCUUCGUUUGUUUGUUUGGUGAUGUGUUCUGUUUCGUAUCUUUUCCAGUUGCUGCUUCGGAUUCGCACACGUAAUGCUGUUAUCUAGUUCCUCACAAGGAAACUGCACGCUUAGAUUUGAUUCCAUGACGUGAAAUUCCCACUCUCUUCGGAGCAGGGAGUGGGGAUAAUAGAGGGUUGGAGUGCAGCGGAUUUGGAAUCCCAGACUGGGUAUGGCGUCCAUUACUGCUUCGCCCCUGGGAUUCUCGGGGGCGUCAUGGAGCUCGUCCACAGCGACGUCGUCUUUGCGAAUGAUUGUGGUGAAGUAGGUGAUGCAAGUUUUCAUGAGAGGGUUGACUUGAGACACUCAUGUUGGCGUACCUGGCCUGCACGAAGUGCUGGUUAUCGUGCUGUUGUUUCAUCUGAGAAUAGGGUCGUCUCAAGUGCCUCAACUGAAUCGGAGAAGAAGCAUAGUGAAGAGGGGGAGGUGCUUCGUCAUGUUGGGAGCGAGCAAUGGAGGCGUGUAGCGAGAGGCUCGAGAUCUGGCGAACCUCGGUCGGCUGCCCCAAAAGACGUCAACUUGAAUGAGAGGUCCUCAAAACAUGCGGAUACCUCGGUUGAAUUCGGUUCCAAGCGACCAGAAACUGCCAUUAACUGGCGGGAGGCAUGGAAGUUCGCCGACGGGGACUCUCAAAAUCACUGGCGAAUGCGGCGGGGAGAAAGGCCCCCACUUUCAGACGACGGAGCUCGUCGAGUCAUUAAGGAAAGGGAAUCUUACGAGCGCGCCCUACGCAAGUCCGGAGUACCAGCUGAAAACAUGCCAAGGAAAUGGAUAAGUAGAACUCCUGAACAGAUGAAGCAGUAUCUGUCAGACAACAAAUGGCAAUGGCGUUGGAAGCGUCGCUACACCCGUCCUGUCGAAGCAGCUAUAGCUGCUGUUCGUCAAACGUCGUCACUUCCCCCAGAAGAUGUUGACAUGCGCCAGGUGAUGAAACCAUUUGUUAAAGACCUCGGUUUCCGUGACAUGUGUAUCGUUCUUAAAGAGCAGCGCGGUUGGCGACAGGCUCGAGAGUUUUUUGAAUGGAUGAAGCUUCAGAUUCCUUACAGUCCUAGUGUGAUCGCCUACACCACCCUUUUAGGGAUAUAUGGGCAGGCUGGUAAAUUGACUCUUGCAGAAGAAACUCUCUCUGAGAUGCUUGAUGCUGGAGUAGAGCCUGACGAAGUGGCAGGUGGUUGCAUGCUUGAGGCUUACGCAAGAUGGGAACGAUACGAUACUUUGCUCGAGUUUUACGAGGCCAUGCGGCAGCGGGGCUUGGUACCGUCAGCUCAUGUGUACAGAACUAUGAUUGUGACAUUGUAUAAAGCCGAAAGGCAUUCAGAUGCAUUGAUGUUGUGGGAGGACCUUUUGGUGGAGAAGCUGGAGCCUAAUUUUGUGUUAUAUGCGAUUAUUAUUCAUAUACUGAAUAAAGAAGGGCGAACCGAGGAUGCCGUGCACACCUUUAAGGACAUGCGAGCAGCUGGACACUUGCCUGAUGAAUUGUUAUACAACACGAUCAUUUGUGCUCUCGGGAAGCUUGGCAGGUAUCAAGAGUCGGAAGCUUUAUAUCUUGAUAUGAAGAAACAGGGAAUCGUCCCAUCUAAAUUUACAUACACGAUUAUGAUAAAUGUAUGGUCGAAAGCUGGACGCUUUGCAAGUGCUGCGGAGACACUUGCGGAAAUGCAAAGGUCCGGAUGCAUUGCUGAUGAGGUGGUUUAUUGCUCCAUAAUUAAUAUGUAUGGGAAGGCAGGCUUGUAUGAGGAAGCUGAAAAGAUUUUUAAAGAGAUGGACACGUUAGGCCUUCUGUCUCAUGAAAAAAGCUAUACGUCCAUGGCAAAAGUGAGAGCUGAAGCUGGUCGGCAUGCCGAAGCUUUGAAACUUUUCGAUGUUAUGGCAGAAAAGGGUCUUCUUACAACACGAAUGACUUGGAAUACUCUUCUACAUUGUUUUGUUAGGAUAGGAGAUGUUGAACAGGCAACGAAAGUGUACAAUGACAUGGUUGAAGCAGGGUCUGCCAAUGUAGUUACUUACGGUAACAUGAUAAACCUGUAUUCGAAGUUUCAAAUGGUGGAAGACGCGGAAAAUCUGCUGGCUGAAAUGCGUGAGUCUGGCGUGAAACCUGAUGAGUACAUAUAUGGAUCUUUUGUGAAGUUAUACUGCAAUUCCGAUAUGAUUGACAAAGCUACAAUGGUGGUGCAAGAGAUGAAGGACGACGGUCUAGUUCCUGAUCAGAUUAUCAAGACAAACUUGAUGCAGGCUUAUGGAAGGGUUGGGCGAUAUGAUGAAGCCGAGGAAUUAUUUUGGAGCUUGCAAGAUCCAGGUGCGGUGGCUGUUAGCAGUGUGCUAAGUAUACAGGAGUCUGUGUGCAAUGAGAGAGAAAUGUUUCCUCUAGGCCAAGCUCUUCAAUCUCCUAUUGAUACACAAAUACUCAAUCAAUUGCUUAUUAAGCGAGCGGAGGCAGGUGAAUUGCGAGAAGCAGAGCUUUUACUUGACAAAUUGGUGGAAGCCGGUGGCUGCAUAGUCGACACAGCAGCGGUUCUCAUGAUUAAUUUAUAUGGUAGAAGGGGUUUAUUUCAGAAAGCCAAAAGUCUGUUCAACUCGUUGCAGAAGAAGGAUCAUCCUCCUAGCUUAUAUGUUUACAACACUAUGAUCAAGCUCUGUGCGGUGUGCAAGGAACUGGAAGAGGCUAUCUUUGUAUUCGACAGGAUGGAAGAAAAUGGUCGAAUGUUUGAUGCUGUGACCGUUAGCAUUUUAGUACAUGCCUAUACCAAAGAAGGUAGAUUCAAAGAUGCUGCUGGAUUGAUGAAGAGGGCUAAGAAAGUGGGUGUUGCAAUGGACACUGUCGCUUACAACACUUCGUUGAAAGCCAAUCUGAAAUCAGGCAACUUAAAAGGGGCGCUAGAAGUUUACGGGGAAAUGCAAGAAGCGGAUAUCGAGCCAUCGGCUAAAACCUACACCAUCCUAAUUAGCUUAUUCUCAAAGCUUGGAGACUUGGGCAGGGCAGUACAAGCUUUUGAAGUGCUAAAUUCAUCAGAAGUCGGCGCAGAUGAAAUCGCAUACAGCCAAAUGAUACACUGUUAUGGUUGUGCAGGUCGACCUAAGGAAGCUGCAGAUUUGUUUCAAGAAAUGGAGACGAAGGGCUUCAAGCCGAAUGAGGUGAUCUACAAUAAUCUACUCGACGCGUUUGCUCGAGCGGGGCUCUUUGCAGAGGCUCGGCUACUGUUGAGCGACAUGCGAAGGAAAGGCUGUCCUCCCUCCAGUGUAACAUACCUACUCCUCAUGUCUGCGUAUGGUUCCAAGGGAAAACCAGCUGAUGCGGAGUCUCUGCUUCACCUUAUGCAAGAUCGUGGCUUGUAUCCUGAUUGUCGACAUUACAACGAAGUCAUUCGAGCAUAUGGUAAUGUUGGGAAGCUAAGUGAUGCAUGUCGUAUAUUUUAUGAAUUGAAAACAGUAGGUAUUGGACUGGAAUUGGGUUGCUUCAGAACACUCGUAAAAAUUCAUCUUGAUCACGGCCAAUUUGAGCAAGGAUGGCAGAUUUAUAAAGAUUUGAGCCAAUCGUUCACAGUAGAUCAGAAUCUCUAUGGCAUUGCAGUAGAAUUGUGCAUAGGAGCAGGUAGGCGUACCGAAGCUGAUCAACUGAAGGUAGAAUUAAAAGGCAAGGGCUUCAGUUACAGGGAUAAACCUCCUUUUCCUAGGCCGGUGCCAAGCAUUUGGAAGAGGUCAGAUCAUCUGGCUCCUGUUACUGAUACUGGUUCACUCUCGAAUUGAAUAUAUGCGUAAACUCAACUCUUUUUGUGUCCCUUAAA